AUGCCGACGAGCAACGGCAACGCCUCCGUGCAUGUCGUUGAUCGAAACGCGCCUCGUCCGGUGUCCGCACUCUUCCGCGUCGAGAACGGCGGGACCGUCAAAGCGGAGCUGGUCGGCAAGAAGCCCGAGGAGAAGCCAAAGGCCGUCGUCGUCGGUGCUAAGCCGGGCGGCGCCGCCGAAGACAUGGUGAUCGAGACGAUAACGGCGGAAAAUGCGAGCGUCCACGAGGUUCAGGAAUGCCUGGGGAUGCUGCGCUCCGACAAGGCGGCCGGCCUUUCCACCGCCGAGACGACGCGACGCCGCCAAUUCCACGGGUACAACGAGUUUGACGUCGGAGACACGGAGCCAAUCUGGAAAAAGUACGCCGAGCAGUUCAAGAACCCGCUGAUCCUGCUGCUCCUCUCCAGCGCCGUCGUCUCGAUUCUGAUGAAACAGUUUGACGACGCCAUCUCCAUUACGAUAGCCGUGGUGAUCGUGGUGACGGUGGGCUUUGUGCAAGAGUACCGCUCGGAGAAAACGCUCGAACAGCUCGCCAAGCUCGUCCCGCCUGCGUGUCAUGUCCUUCGAGAUGGUCGUGCUCACGAGAUGCUGGCGCGCGAGCUCGUCCCCGGCGACGUCGUGCUCCUCAACACUGGAGACAGAGUGCCGGCCGAUGUUCGUCUACUCGAAUCGGCGGAUUUGCAAGUCGACGAGUCGUCGCUGACCGGAGAGACCGAGCCCAAGCACAAGAACAUCAAUGCCGUCGUUGGG